CGCUAAGCAAUUUAUAUAUACAUAUCCUCGAUAAACUCAAAGAAAACGCAUAAAACAGACCAUCAGAAACCAUGAAAGGUAAGGAGAUCACCAAUAAUGGACGACAUCCCGCAUCAUCAUCAUCAUCAGAUCUCUUAGUAUGUUUUCCUUCAAGAAUAACCCAUACAAUGAAAGCUAGACUCUUGUUAGAACCCAACAAGCGCAACCCCGCACACAAAAAGUUACUGGCGCUCCGGUCUGCCGGCAGCCGCAGCGGACAAGCCAACAGCCCUGCUCUACAAUGGUCCAAAUCAAAAACCUCCGAGAUCGCGGACGAACCGAAGUCCCCAAAAGUUACCUGCGCCGGGCAGGUGAAGGUCCAGCCCGAUCAGCCUGCACGUUCAUGCAAGGACUGGCAAUCGGUGAUGCAUGAGAUCGAAAGGCUGCACAAGAGACGAAAGUACAAACGGACGCCGUCGUCGUCGUCGUCGUUGUGGUUCAAGAAAGACGUGAUGCAAUUCAUCACGUGCUUGCGUAAUAUCAGGUUCGACUUCCGGUGCUUCGGCGCGUUCCCGUCCUCCGCUGUCGAUGACAUCACAUCUGAUGAGGACGAGGACGAGGACGAGAAGGAGGAGGAGGAGGAGGCCAGGGAGGUGGAAAAUACAGAAGGCAAAGAUAAGGAGGAUAAUGAGUCUUCGAGCGCCGUUUUCUCUAAAUGGUUCAUGGUCUUGCAAGAAAACCAAAACCCAGAAAUAAACGCCACAGAAAAAGAUUCUGACGUUAAUCCUCCGUGCGUACCGCCGCCCAACGCCCUCUUGCUCAUGCGCUGUCGUUCGGCUCCGGCGAAGAGCUGGCUAAAAGAGAUACAAGCGAAAGAAGAUGAAGAGAGAUCCAAACCCGCAGAAAAUGAAGAAGGCAAAGAGAGUGCUACUUCUACUAACAGCGAGGAGGAGGACGAGGAGGAGGAAGAAGAAGACGAGAAGGAGAAGACGAAGAAAGACAUGAGCUUAGUUGUGAUGGGAUAUGGAGACAACUUCUGCAAACUGUCUUCCGACAUAGCCAAGGAGACUUGGGUUGUUGCAGGAAUCAGAGAUCCGCUGAUCUCAAGAAGUAGAAGUUGCAAGAGGUAAUCAAUACACACACAUAUAAUGGGUUGCGUGCAUGUUCAGGUCAACGUUUCAUUUCUUUCGUUGACCCUGCCCAAAUUGGGGCAUCUUCUGUGAAAAUAAGGAUAUUUCUUUAAUUUAUGGAGGAAGAAAGAUGGUUUUAAUUGUAUGUCAUGAUUUUGUUUAUUUUCCUUUCGCUCGUUUUCAAAGCAAAAGAAGCUGUUUAAUUUGGGUUUUGAAUUCUUAAUUAUACAGUAUCUAAUUCCAUGCUUUUAGUAGAUAUGGUUCUGAAUAUUUAUGUGUUUGUCAAAUUGUGACGAGACUAUGUCACUAUGUUACGUUAUGGGGUUGUAAUUUGUGAUGUCGAUUGUGUAUUCAAGAAUUGUAUCUAAAUGUGUAUAGCACUUUUUUAAUGAUAAUAAAAUAUUGCACUGUUUGGUUGAAUUGCUUCCGGC